AUGCAAAUUGCUCUCUUCUCUUUUUCCCAUGCAUUUGUGUUUCAUUCAACUGGUAUUUGCUUGAGCUUUAACAUCAUUCAAGAAAGGCUUCGGUCUUGUAAAACUCACAACAGCCCCGUCCCCACCCUACGAGUCAAGACUAUUGUUGUUUCUAUUCUCUUUUUGUUUUCGUCUUUUGCGUUUUAUAUUCCAUUGGAGAACAUUAAAUUUGUUGCUUCACAACCAAAACCUUUAAAAAGGUCGGAAUGGAUCUUUGAUAAAAUCACAAAUAUUGCACCAUCUGUUGUGACCUUAAAAAAGACUCAAUUUCAUUUCUUUUACAUCACCAUUUCGAGAAUAUUUAUGAGAAAAAAAUUCCUCGUUAAGACAAAUUUUUAUGCAAAUAUUAGUCACAAGCCUGGUCAAAGCAUAGAAAAAUCAAUAAAAAUUAAAAUUUAUAGUGAGGGUGUAUCAACAAGAUGA